GUCACAGCACGCUGCAUCUAGGAAGUAGUUUUUAGGUAAAGUUUUCUAUGGUUAGAGGAGCAGAUUUGUGAUGAAUUUUAGCUGAUAAUAAGUGUAUCAUCUGUCUCAGAUUACUGGCUCAUCCUGACAGAUGAAUGUAGCACGAGCGGGUCCUGGACUCGUGUUUUGCAUCUUUUUUAUAGUGUCCUAUUUCACCAACAAGUAUGUCCUGUCUGUGUUGAAGUUUACAUAUCCCACCCUGUUUCUGGGGUGGCAGACCUGCACUGGGACACUUCUACUGGUGGUGACUGGGAAGCUGGGAUGGGUGGAGGUAAAAGGGUUUACCAGAUCUGCAGGUGUUCUCUGGCUUCCUGGGUCAGUCCUCUUCUUGGGAAACAUUUAUGGUGGAUCCAAAGCCCUGUCCAUGCUGCCUAUCCCGUUCUUUUUUGUUCUACAAAAUGUAUCUGAAGUGGUCUUUAUACUCAUCAUUAGAGUCACCCAAAGAGAGAGAUCAUCAUGGAUGAAGCUAUUCAGUCAAGUGUUGGUGUUGGUGUCAGCUUUAACCCUAAUACUUCACAAUCCCCAGUUUGGACCAAAUGCUUAUGGCUGGGCCACUGUCCAUCUUUUCUGUAUAGGAUCAUACAGAGCGUUUCAGAGGAACUCAAAGUCCAGCCAUCUGAGUGAGCUCGAACAGCAGUUGAUCAACUACAUGGUCAGCAUGCUGCUGCUGGUUUCUGCUGCACAUCCAACAGGUGAUUUUUUCGGUGCCUUGGAAUUUCCCUUUCUCAUGUCCUAUGAGUUCCAUAGUGGAUGUUUUGCCAGUGCUAUACUGGGUUUUCUGCUGCUGCUGGCGUCAUUAAAGUUAAGGAGUGGCCUUUCUACGGUUCACUGUGCCGCCUGGACCUUUUUUGCCAAGAUGCUGGCAUCAGUGCUGUCCGUUUUUAUAUUCAUCACAGAGCUCAGUCCUCUAACACUGUGCUGCAUUCUUAUGAACCACAUUGGAGAAGCAUUAUCAAUACACUCUGACAGAGUUUAGGAUGUUAGUAGCUACAAAGAAAUGUCAUAAUCAGGUUUUGCAGAUAAUUUAUCAUUAUAUCAUUUAUCUUCUGUGCUCCUACGGAUCACCAAGAUUCAGACUUUAUAUCACCGUCCACAGAAAUCUGCUGUGAAUUAUUGCAGUACGUCAUGAAUGCAGUACAGUAUCUACAGUAUAUAAAGCUCUGCAAAAAAUGAAGAGAUCACUUCAGUUUCUGAAUCAGUUUCUCUGAUUUUGCUAUUUAUAGGUUUAUGUUUGAGUAAAAUGAACAUUGUUGUUUUAUUCUAUAAACUACAGACAACAUUUCUCUCAAAUUACAAAUAAAAAUAUUCUCAUUUAGAGCAUUUAUUUACAGAAAAUGAGAAACGGCUGAAAUAAGAAAAAAGAUGCAGAACUUUCAGACCUCAAAUAAUGCAAAGAAAACAAGUUCAUAUUCAUAAAGUUUUAAGAGUUCAGAAAUAAUCAAUAUUUGGUGGAAUAACCCUGGUUGGUUUUUAAUCACAGUUUUUUUCAUGCAUCUUGGCAUCAUGUUCUCCUCCACCAGUCUUACACACUGCUUUUGGAUAACUUUAUGCUGCUUUACUCCUGGUGUAAAAAUUCAAGCAGUUCAGUUUGGUGGUUUGAUGGUUUGUGAUCAUCCAUCUUCCUCUUGAUUAUAUUCCAGAGGUUUUUAAUUUGGUAAAAUCAAAGAAACUCAUCAUUUUUAAGUGCUCUCUUAUUUUUUUUCCAGAGCUGUAUAUAUUUAUUUAUACAUUUAUUCACGUUAUUUAUUGUUUAAUUGUUUACCUUUUCACUGUAAUAAUAUUUUUGUUUGUUUUUUUUCCAUAUUGUACCACAACUUGCAAAAUACUGAAACCAGCUAAUAACCAUCAUUACCAUCAUGUCAUGAGUCAUGGCAUGUUCUAGCACUGGCACUUUCUGUACUUUCUAUGCAUGCAAUACAGUUUUAAUUCUGUACACAUGUACAUUCUGCAAUGUGUGUGUAUGUGUGUGUGAUCAAAAAUAUUUUUUAUAAAGUUUUGUUGUU